GAGGAGCGUAUUGCUGUGCCUCUCUAGUCCGGCUGCGCGUGAGGAGAAGGAGGAGGCGGCUGCUGCUGCUGCUUGGCCCACGUUCCGGGCGCCGCUGCGGAACCAGAGCGUGGAGCGAGGCCGCCCUAAUUCACCGAGCAAGGAGUGAGGCCGCCCUUAGGGGAGUGAGAGGAGCCGUUGGUGAGGUGACUACUCCAGCGCGGGCGGGGAGUCGAGUCCCUUCCCGCUUUCCGUAAUGUCUGACGGAGAGGCCAGAGGAGGCGGCGGAGGCGGAGGAGGCAGCGGGAACAGCAGCGGAGGCGGAGGCGGCACGAACUCGGGCGGCGCGGAGCCCAAGGCCGAGGCCCCUCCGGCCUGCGCCGCCGCCGCCUCCUCCUCCGCCUCGCCCCCGGCGCCCGCCAAGGCCAAGUCCGGCGAGGAGGAGCCCGAGGAGGAGGAGGAAGAAGAGGAGGAGGAGGAGGAGAGCGAGGACGAGUCCGAGAUCCUGGAGGAGUCGCCCUGCGGCCGGUGGCAGAAGCGCCGCGAGGAGGUGAAUCAGCGCAAUGUUCCGGGCAUCGACAGCGCCUACCUGGCCAUGGACACGGAGGAAGGCGUGGAAGUGGUUUGGAACGAGGUCCAGUUCUCGGAACGCAAGAACUUCAAGCUGCAGGAGGAGAAGGUCAAAGCUGUCUUUGACAACCUGAUCCAGCUGGAACACCUGAACAUCGUUAAGUUCCACAAGUACUGGGCUGAUGUGAAGGAGAACAAGGCCAGGGUGAUUUUCAUCACAGAGUACAUGUCUUCCGGGAGCCUGAAGCAGUUCCUGAAGAAGACCAAGAAGAACCACAAGACCAUGAAUGAGAAGGCCUGGAAGCGCUGGUGUACGCAGAUCCUUUCUGCCCUCAGUUACCUCCACUCCUGCGAUCCUCCCAUCAUCCACGGCAACUUGACAUGUGAUACCAUCUUCAUCCAGCACAAUGGGCUGAUCAAGAUUGGUUCAGGCAGGAGGGCUCUGGGGCCCCUGGCCAAGGCGCUCAGAUGGACGCCGGACCGGACCGGGGCCCAGCAGAGAGGCAGCGGCAGCGAAGGAGAGGCGGAAGAAGUGGCUCCAGACACCAUCAACAACCACGUGAAGACCUGUCGCGAGGAGCAGAAGAACCUGCACUUCUUUGCCCCGGAGUACGGAGAGGUUGCGCAUGUCACCACCGCGGUGGACAUCUACUCCUUUGGGAUGUGUGCGCUGGAGAUGGCGGUGCUGGAGAUCCAGGGCAACGGGGAGUCCUCCUACGUGCCCCAGGAGGCCAUCCACAGCGCCAUCCAACUCCUGGAGGACCCCCUGCAGCGGGAGUUCAUCCAGAAGUGCCUGGAACCCCAGCCCAGCCGGAGGCCCACGGCCCGGGAGCUGCUCUUCCACCAGGCCCUCUUCGAAGUGCCCUCCCUCAAGCUCCUGGCCGCCCACUGCAUCGUGGGGCAUCAGCACAUGAUCCCGGAGAACGCGCUGGAGGAGAGGACCAAGAACCUGGACAUGAGCGCCGUCCUGGCCGAGAUCCACCACGCUGACCGCGAGGGUGUCCGCAUGAUUUUCUCCCAGUCCCCGGCCCUGGAGCUGGACAAGUUCCUGGAGGACGUGAGGAACGGCAUCUACCCCCUGACAGCCUUUGGCCUCCCGCGACCUCAGCAGCCGCAGCAGGAAGAGGUCAAGUCCCCCAUUGCCCCGCCCUCCGUCAAGACCCCGACGCCCGAGCCGGCCGAAGUGGAGACACGCAAAGUGGUCCUAAUGCAGUGCAACAUUGAGCCGGUGGAGGAGGGCGUCAAGCACCACUUGACGCUGCUGCUGAAACUGGAAGACAAACUGAACCGGCACCUGAGCUGCGACCUGCUUCCCAGUGACAACAUCCAGGAGCUUGCAGCCGAACUGGUCCAGCUGGGAUUCAUCAGCGAGGCGGACCAGGGCCGGCUGAGCUGUUUACUUGAAGACGCCUUCAGCAAGUUCCUUUUCUCGCGGAACGGGGGCAUGGCGGCCGUCACGGUUUCCACCUAAACCCGCCCCCCCCUCGGCGCCACCGCCGCCGCUGCUGCUGCCGCCGCCCCACGCAGAGAGCCCACCGAGACCCGGCCCCGCCUCCUUUGCCGCCGCCGCCGCCACAGCCGCAUUGCUACCCGCAUGCUGCCGCUGGCCGCCCUGCAGACAAUCGGUGCCACAGUCGAGGGGCCAUGGGGGGGGGCAGGGGGCAAGGCUGGCGAGGGAGGGGCCGCGUGCCUUGUGUCAGUAUUAUUACUCUUUCCCCCGUGGCCCCCAGCCCCCCCCCCCUCGGAAAAAAAAACCCGCAUGGAGUUUUCUUUUGCUUGAAUUGUACAGAGUUUUUUGCACAGCACAGAGAGGUCUGUCUUGUUAUUUAAGGGGGAGGGGAGGGGGGAGGGAGGGGGAGAUGCCCCCACCCCCGAAGCCCCCCCUCCCUCCCACCCCAUCCCAACCCAUGACCAUCAGUCAUGGCCCCCCUUCCCUCUCCCCCCAAAGGGCCCCCCGGCAGGCAGGAAGGAGGCAGGAAAGGUGGUGGUUUAGUGGUGGUGGUGGUGGUGGUGGGUGGGGCAGGGGGCCCUUCUCUUCAUGAGGCCAAGGGUCAGAGGUUGUGGGGGGGGGCAGUGGGAGGCGGAGCUGGUUAAUGGAAACGGGGGCCUCCCUCCCUCCUCCCCUUGACCCGCGUGUUGUUUCUGUUCCUAUUUUUAAUAAACAGUUUUGUAAGUA